AUGCUGGACCUCCCCUUCGCUGGACUCUUCUUGUCCUCCCACCCCCACGAGGGGGCCCCGGCCCCCAGAGACGCAGAGGCCCGACCUGCGCAGAGGGCGGCCCGGGCUGCCGGGUGCCAGCUAAGUCCCGGCCUGGGCCGCCGUCAGCGCGCAGGGGCGGCCUCUGGCUUCCUGCUCUGCACGGAGGGCCUGGGCUUCGGGGAGCCCCGGGCCGCGGUGGCUCCGGGGAGCCAGAGCGAUGGCCAAGGCGUCCCAGCCCCUCACGGUCUCCGGGAGUGCCGGGGGAGCGUGGGCGGCCCAGGCCUGAGGCCGGCCCCCAGCAGGCCAGUCACGGGCCAGCGGCUGCCCUCCCACCUGCUCCCGCUCACCCUCGGUGUCCCCUGUCAGGAGACGCUCCUGGUGCGAUGCAGCCGGCCCGGCCACCCCCUGGUGGACAAGACCUACAGCUUUGAGCGGGUCUACGGCCCCGCGGAGCCCCAGGAGGCCGUGUUCGCCGGCGUGAGUCCGCUGCUCGCGGCUCUGCUGGACGGGCACGACGUGUGCGUCAUGGCGUACGGGCAGACGGGCAGCGGGAAGAGCCACACCAUGCUGGGCCCGCCCUCCGCCGAGGACCCCGGCGGCAUGGGCAUCGUCCCCAGAGCGGCCCGCGAGCUCUUCAGGCUCCUCUCAGGAGACCCGGCCGGGAGCCUGGAGGCCGACCUCUCCGUCCUGGAAGUUUAUAACAACGGCCUUUUUGACCUUCUGGCCAAAGACGGCGGCGCAGCCACGCCGGGGGUCAGGCCAGCCGUGACGACCCGGGCGGGCAGGACGGAGGUCUCCCCGCUGACCCGCGAGGCCGUCCGUAGCGCCGCCGAGCUCAUGAGCCACGUGGGGGGCGCCCUGCAGCGCCGGGCAAGGCUGGCCACCGGGGUGCACGCCCACUCCUCCCGGUCGCACCUGGUCGUCACGGUGACGCUCAGCACCCGGGCUGCCCGGGGAGGCGCAGGGGGCUGGCAGGCGAGCCACGUCUCCAGCCGAGACCCGACCGGCGCCGCCUGCAGCCGCCCCUCCCGGGCUGUGGGUGCUUUGGGGUGCAGCCGCAGACCCCAGCAGCAGCGUCACGGGAGGUGUUUUCUGCUCACAGGGGGCCCUCAGCCAGGCUGCGGUCUGCCCGGGGAGCAGGGGGAUCCCCCUGCGCAGCCCGUUGGGGGCAGGAGGUGGAGCCGGGUGGGCCGCACCUCCCCGGGCCCCCCAGGGUGCCUGCCCAAGUCCCCGCCGGGCCCCGCGGAGCAGGAGCAGGUGUGGGCCAAGAUGCAGCUGGUGGACCUGGCGGGCAGCGAGUGCGCAGGUGUGUCCGCCGUGGCGGGCGCGGCCCUCAGGGAGGCCGCCUGCAUCAACCGGAGCCUGGCGGCGCUGGCCGACGUCCUGGGCGCCCUGGCUGCGCGCCGCGGCCACGUGCCCUACCGGAACAGCAGACUCACCCACCUGCUGCAGGACGCGCUGGGCGGCGACGCCGAGCUGCUGCUGGUGCUGUGCGUGUCCCCCUGCGCGCAGCACGUGGCGGAGACGCUGCAGAGCCUGGGGUUCGGGGCGCGGGCCCGGCAGGCCCAGCGAGGGGCGGCCAGGAGUCCGGCCCGGCGGUGGCUCCGGACGCGGGUCUGCGGCGGGCGCCUGCUCCGUGGCAGAGUGCUGGGCGGGCCUCCCGGGGCAACUGUCCUGCCGGCGAGGAGCCCGGGAGACCCCAGGGAGGCCCCCGGGGGGACGGCCAGCGGGGCCCUCCCAGUCCAGCUCCAGCUGGCGGCCACAGGGGCGGCCGUGCACGCCAUCCGGGCUAUGGCUGUGCGGGCCGAGGCCCCCAGCUGGGCGCCUCCGGCCUCCGCAGGGCCAGACCGCGCGCUGGCUGCAGCUGGGCCCUGA